AUGACCUGUAAUAAUGUAGCUGUCAUGAGAAGAAGGCUGGAUUCUUACCUGAACGCGACACAGAUAUUAAAAGUAGCCGAAUUCGACAAACCACAACGAACUCGAAUUCUAGAAAAGGAAGUUCAAAUUGGCCAACAUGAAAAAGUGCAAGGUGGUUACGGCAAGUACCAAGGCACUUGGGUUCCUUUUGAAAGAGGAGUGGCCUUGGCUGAACAUUAUCACGUCGAUAAUAAAUUACGUCCUAUCUUUGAUUUUGUCAAAGGAGACCAAAGCCCCCCUUUAGCUCCUAAACAUGUCACAGCUGUCUCAACUCGACCUAGAAAACCACGCACCACCGAACCCAAACGAAAGAAAGUGAUUGCUAAACGUAACCCUGUAGAAGAAGAGUUGGAACUGGAUCAUGAUGUACAAGACUUUAGUUUAUUGGAUAUGUCAGAUAGAAAGAGAAGUAGACAGAUAUUCGAACAUCAACCACAAGAUGAAUUUGAGUAUGAGGAUGAUCAUGACCGUUCUUAUGCUCAAAAACUAUUACAAUACUUUAUUUCAGAUGAUUCAGGUAUUCCAGCCAUCUUAUUAAGACCUCCGCCUGAUUUAGAUGUCAAUGUCAUUAUUGAUGACGAAGGGCAUACCAGUCUUCAUUGGGCUGCUGCCAUGGGCAGAUUAAAGUUGGUCGGUAUCUUGAUCAGCCUAGGUGCUGAUAUCUAUCGUGUCAAUUAUAAAGGCCAAACUGCAUUAAUGCGCUCUGUCUUAUUCACCAACAAUUUCGAUGCCAAAUCAUUCUUGUUCUUAAUUGACAUGUUAAAAAAAACUAUUUUCAAUAUCGAUAAAAAGGAUCAGACUGUCUUUCAUCAUGUAUCCGCCACCGCAAGUUGGAAGGGCAAAGUUCAUGCUUCAAGAUAUUACAUGGAAUGUCUUAUUGAAACUUUGUCCUCGAAUCAGUCUGAACUCAUCUCCAUUUUAAAUGUGCAAGAUGUCUAUGGUGAUACUGCUUUAUCCAUCGCUGCAAGAAUCGGUAAUAAAAAGCUGGUUAGAUUAUUGGUCGAAGCUGGUGCAAGUUCUGAAAUCACAAAUGAAGACGGCAUGACUGCACAAGAUUAUCUGUCUGAAGUCGAACGAAAUAAUAGACUGCAACCACAACUUCACUCGCCUGUCAUGUCAAACGAAGUCGAUAUCCAUCCAAAGAGAUCUGAUUUACAAGCAAGAUCAAGGUUAAGACAUACCGUCGAAUCUCUAUUUAAGAAAAUCAUUGUAAACGAUAGAGCUCAACCACCCGUAGUGUCACAGAUAUUCGAUGGAUUUGCUGGCAAUUAUGAACGAGAGUUAAUACAAAAGGAUCAUCUAAUCAAAGAAAAGAGGAACGAAUUGGAAUUAGCAAAAAAGAGGUUAUUGGGUACUCAACAUACAUCAGAACAGAUUCAAUUUGAUCCAGUUCGUUUAUAUGCCAUUGAAAAUGAUGGGGAGAGGUUAACUCAAUUAUUAAAAAAACAGUCACUUUAUAUCCAACAAGAAUCCAUCAAAGAUGCCAUCCCACAACUUACACACGAUCCAGCAGUUGAACCAACAAUCGAAAAUGCACAUGAAUUAUUAGCGCAAUUAAAACAAUUGCAAGCAAAAAGAAAAGAACACACUGAUCAUCUGAUGAGACUAAGACUGCAAACACCUAGUAAACGUCAUCAAGAAUACAAGCGAUUGAUCUCCAUGUGUUGUAACGUAUCCUAUGAGAAUGUUGACUUAAUGUUACUCCCUCUACUUUCUUCAUUUGAUGAAUUAGGAACAUUUAAUAAAUAG